GUGCAUCACUUCAGUUUGACAAACCGCGAAUCGACGGAUUCUCGGAGAAGACGAUACACGAACUGUAAUCAAUCGUGAAGUCGCAGGAAGGUAAGAAAGGAAAGCGGUAAUGUGUAUAUCUGCUUUUAUAUGGCAAGCUCAUCCAAUCUACUCACUAAUUCUACUUCACAACAGAGAUGAAUAUCAUGAUCGGCCGACGACGCCAUUGAUAUGGUGGGAAGGUGAUCAGAUACUUGGUGGAAGAGAUAAUCUCGCCGGAGGUACGUGGUUGGCUUGUUCUAGAGGUGGGAGAAUUGCUUUUGUUACUAAUGUCAGGGAAAUUCAGAAGCUACCAAAUGCUAUGAGCAGAGGUGCUUUACCAGUUAACUUCCUUGAGAGCAAGAAGGAUCCAAAGGCUUUUGCAGAGGAACUGAUGAAGGAAACAGAUAAUUAUAACGGGUUUAACCUAAUCAUAGCUGAUAUUUCUUCCAGAGUAAUGGUUUACAUAACUAACAGAUCUAAAGAAGCUAGUUACCCGACAAUGGAGGUUGUUCAACCAGGUAUUCAUGUAUUGUCAAAUGCAAGUCUCGACUCACCAUGGCCUAAGGCUGAACGACUGAGAAGCAGUUUCAAAGGUCUGUUGGAGACAUAUGCUGAAGUUGAAUUCCCCAUAGAAGAAGAAACAGUGGAGAAAUUAAUGAGGGACACUACUAAAGACGACGGAAUCAAUCUACCAAACAUUCAUACCCGCGAGUGGGAACACCUUCUCAGCUCUAUUUUUGUUAAAGUAGAUACUUCUGAGGGAUGCUAUGGGACAAGAAGCAUUUCUGCCUUAAGCUUCAACGUAAACGGGGAGGUUAGGUUUUGCGAGAAGUAUAUUGAUGGAGGAUCGUGGAAAGUUUCAACUGAAACAUUCCAUAUUGGAACCGGAUCCGAAUGUCGUAUGCACGAGUAAGUCCAACACUAGUCCCAAACUCGCAUUUCAUAUUUUCAUGGUGAUAAUCUAUUUACCCUUUAACUUUUAGCA